GUGACGCAGGCACCAUGCUCCACAAAUCCGAAAGACACACACACACACACACACACACACCGAGGGAUAGUUCAACGAUGGGGACAACCGGUUAACGUGUCCAGCCACUUAAAGCUGUGAUAACCGUGAUCACAGCUCAAAGUGUUCAGCUCUGUGGAAGUGGGUUCGACAUACCUCCGGUGCCAUGUGACCCCGUGACAGGUUGACGUUACUGUGACCCGGAGAAGGAGGAACAAAGGAAGUGGAAGAGCAGAGCCAAACUAAUCAGGAGCUCACAGGAUAGGAGAUCAACGUGCAUGCUGAAUUGGAAGAUCUGAGAGGGACUGAACUUCUAACACUGAGCUUUCUGCAGUCUGAUCACUAUGUGGGAGUGGAGCUUUUGCUUUGCACAGUGGAGGAAGAUCAGCAACGGUGCACCCAGACUGCUGAAGAGCCUGACAAAAGCCAACUGGACUUGACAAUAUCAGAAGGAAAACACAGUUUGGUGGACAGGAGGGGGAGAGGAAAGGGGAUACUUGUGAGACGAGACAGACGGCGUAUGGUAAAAGCAGAUGAGAUUUUAAGGAGGAUGGUUGGAUAGAUGAAAGGAUCCCUAGAGGCAGGUGUGAAAGUAAAAUGACGAGUGAAGCUUGAAAGUGAAUGGAGGCAGAGAUGAAAUAACAGACCCUACCAUCACAAAUACAUAACUAUCAAGAAACCGAUCAAGGAAUAGAUCAGCAGGAUAAGAGUCACAAUGUUCAUGAACUUCCGCCGAAUCCACAAAUGCCAGUGUGUGCAGCUCCUGACCACAGGCCUGGUCCUGUGUAUGGUGAUGGUUUGCUGGGAGGAGCUGGAUCACCAUGUGGUCAGCCACAUGAAGUCCUACACCUACCGCUACCUGGUCAACAGCUACGACUUUCUCAACUCUUCCUAUGCCAUCACUAGCAAUGAUUACGAAAGAAAGACUCACCCUAACAGUUUGGGUGAUCGGUUGAUGAACUACCCGUACCUUAUCAACCACCCAGAUAAAUGCGUCAGCGUGACAGGAUAUGGGGAAAGACUGGAGGAUGUACUCCUGCUUUUGUUUGUGAAAUCAUCGCCUGAGAACUUUGAGCGCCGCCAGGCCAUCAGGGAUACAUGGGGGAACGAGAGCUUUGUUUGGUCACAACUCGGGGAAAACGUGAGGUUGAUGUUCGCCCUCGGUGUGCACCCUGAUGUCGGGCAGAGGGCUAGUGUGCAGAGUGCACUGCUGAAAGAGGACAAAACAUAUGGCGACUUAAUUCAGCAGGACUUUUUGGACACUUUCCACAACCUGACUACCAAACUAAUUAUGCAGUUCCACUGGGGACACAUGUACUGCUCUCGGGCACGCUUCUUCAUGUCUGCAGAUGACGAUAUCUUCGUCCAUAUGCCUAAUUUGGUGAAGUACCUGCGGCAGGAGCUAAGUAGCCAAUCAGAUGCAAAAGACUUGUGGGUGGGGCAUGUACACAGAGGAGCACCUCCCAUUCGCCGCAAAGAAAGCAAGUACCAUGUUCCAUACGACCUGUACCCUUGGCCUUCCUACCCAGACUACACUGCUGGAGCCGGGUAUGUGGUUUCAGGUGAUGUAGCUGCGAAGAUCUACCAAGCGACCCUGAUGCUGAACUCUUCCAUGUACAUCGAUGAUGUCUUCAUGGGGAUUUGUGCCAAGGCAAUGGGGGUGUCCCCACAGGAGCAUGUGUUCUUUUCAGGGGAGGGAAAGGCUCCAUAUCAUCCCUGCAUCUAUGAUCACAUGAUCACAUCACACGGUCACGCCACAGACGUGCGGUCUUUGUGGCGUGCAGCAACAAACCCUGCAGUGUACAGCCACUCCAGAGGAUUCAUGGGUAAUCUGUACUGUAAAGCAGUGAAAGUGAUGCUUCUUUGUCCGCCAUAUUACCAGAACACUUACUCCUGUAUGGCUGCUUUUGCAUGAGUGGUCUUAUGAAGACACAAGGAAUAAUGAGAACUUAACGUACCAAACAAACAAACGAUGGUACCUUAAACAGUCUGCCAUUUUUUUCUUCCAUGUCGUGUUUCACUUUUGGCUGAUUUUAUUUGCUAUUUUGUAAUAAAGAUCAAAGCUGUUCUGUUAAGCAUA